ACUGCGCUUCCGGGUAGUCGUUACGCCACUCUCGUGUGAUGAGACUUGUGGCUUUGGGAUUUUCUGUCAGUCAGGAGGCUAGGAGCCUGCAGUUGACAGUUUUGCAAGAGGUGAGUCUUUUGUUAUUCAGUCAUUGUAACAGUCGGUACGUCCAUGAGUUGCAAUGUUGGGGAGGAAACCAGGCAAAAAGACUUCUCAGGCCAAGGGCCGAGGUGCUGCUGCUGCAAAGGAGUUGGGUCUUUUUGUAGAUUUCAGCCCAGAGGAUAUGAUGCUUGGCAUUCCAGAUGACCCAGAUGACCCAGAUGAUGGAGACCUGGAAGCAGAAUUGGCAGCUUUAACUGGAGUAAAGGCAGCAUCAAAACCAAAGCCUAAAGGGAAAGCUCCUCUCCCUAUGGAAGACAUAGAGAAAAUGGCACAGGAUUGUAUGAAAGACACAAUUGGGGAGGAUGAUGAUGAGGAUUUGGAAGGAGAUGAAGAAUUGCUGGCUGAGCUGCAGGAAGUUGUUGGUGAUGAUGAGGAAGAGGAGAUGGAACAGCUACGUCCUAGUAAUGCUGAAGAGUUAGAGCCUCCUUUACCUGACAUACUGGAAUCUGGACAGCAAGUCAAUUCUUCAGCAACAGAAAUUCAACAUCAUUUACAGGCCCCUGCUGAAGGGAUGUUCCAGGUUUUAGAAGAACGGAUUAGAAAUUACAAGGAAGCAAUCAGCAAUGCCAAACUGUCCAAUGAGAGUGCCAAGGCUAGACGCUAUGAACGGGGGCUAAAGACACUUGAAUCUAUGCUCCAUACUGUAAAGCAAGGAAGGGCAGUAAUUGAGGCAGAUAUCCCACCUCCAGUGGCUUGUGGGAAACCUGCUGUAAGCCCAAAAACUGAUGUCCCAACAACUGACACAAGUAAAGAAGAAGUGGAAGACCUGAACCAUGUACCCAUGGAAACAACAGAAGCUGCUACAAACCUGGACUCUUCAGAGGACCCUGUCAGUAAGGCCAUAACCAAUGAUGGUGGAGCUGUGGAUAAAACACAUGGUGCUCCUCAGAAUGAUACAGACCCAAAAACCCUGCUUCUCCAGAGACAGAGAGAAUACAAACUGGCAGCACUCAAAUCUAAACAAACAGGAAACAUUGAAAAGGCCAAGGAAUACAUGAGGAUUAGUAAGAAAUUUAGUGUAGUCUUGGAAGCUCUGGAAAGUGGCCAGCCUGUGGAUCUUAGUAACAUGCCUGCAGCUCCAGAGGAUCAUGAUACAAUGGUGACAGAAUCCAAGAUCCCGGCACAUCCAACUCCAGCACCGCCUGUGCCUGUUUCUAACACACAAGGACUUUCAGCUGGCUCAUUAUUGCAAGCUCUGCAGCAGAGGAUGGAAAAGUACAAAUCUGCAGCACAGCAAGCCAAGAGCAGUGGGGAUGAUCGGAAGGCCAGAAUGCAUGAAAGAAUUGCCAAGCAAUAUCAGGAUGCCAUCCGAGCCCAUAAAGCUGGAAGACAGGUCAAUCUGGCAGAGCUUCCAGUGCCACCAGGAUUCCCUCCACUACCUGGCAUGGAGCAAACAGAGGAAGAAGGGAGUGUGGAGAAGGCACUUGAGGCAGCUCAGAAGUUGGCAAAAACAGCAGGGAAUGAGGAAGAUGAUGAUGAUGGGGAGGAGGGUGAAUGUCAAGCAAAGCCACCAGGCCACCCGAAACCCACUCAGCUAGUGAAACCGAUGCCUGCUGUGUCCGACAGUGAAGAGACCUCUUUAACCAACAAAGCCCCAGUAAAAACAGCAAGUGAGGAAAAACUUCCUCCUGCAGUACAAGAACAGCUGGAAUUCUUGGAACACCGCAAGAAGCAAUACAGAAAAGCUGCUCUCCAGGCAAAGCAAAAGAAUGACCUUGAACAAGCCAAACAACACAUGAGAGUUGCCCACACCCUUCAAGUGUCAAUUGAUCAAGUGAGAAGUGGAAAGCUUGUGGACAUUUCCAAGGUGCCAUCUCUUCCAGAUGAUGAAGAAAGUGACUUUGUAGUUGUUGAACACGAAGACAUAAAGACACCGCAGAACUCAGAGGAUGUGUACAGCAUGCUAUUGAAGCUCCUGCAUGAACAGCACGAGAAAUGCAUACGCUAUUCAAAACAGUUUACACAGAUGGGCAAUGUUGCAGAAACCACUAGGUUUGAGAAGAUGGCUGAGGACUGCAAGAAAAACUGUGAGAUCCUUCAGCUGUCCCAAGCACAAGGCCUUGACCCUCCUCCCUACCAUUUUGAAGAUAAGACACUGAAAAUAGUCAGGGUUUUCUCUGAGCUCAGCAGCACAGAAAUGCUUCUUAUCAUUGUACGUGGGAUUAACCUACCAGCUCCAUCAGGAGUUGCACCCAAUGAUCUAGAUGCCUAUGUGAAGUUUGAGUUCCCAUAUCCCAGCUCGGAACAACCUCAAAAAAAUAAAACCUUAGUAAUUAAAAACACCAACUCCCCAGAAUAUGAACACUCGUUUAAAUUAAACAUAAACCGGAAUCACAGGGGCUUCAAACGUGUCAUUCAAACCAAAGGCAUCAAAUUUGAAAUCUUCCACAAAGGGUUUUUUCUUGUGAGAAGCGAUAAACAGGUUGGAACUGCGAGUGUAAAACUGGACAAGCUGGAGACUCAGUGUGAGAUCCGGGAGAUAGUAGAGGUUUUUGAUGGUAGGAAACCAACUGGUGGUAAAUUGGAGAUUAAGGUGCGGCUAAGGGAUCCUCUAAAUGGCCAAGACCUUCAGGUGGUGACUGAGAAGUGGCUGGUGAUGGGACAUCGGAAGUAAGCUGCAGUGCAUGCACAAAGGCGGAAGGCACCCUGCACAUGAAGACGUUGCCUUUAUAAUAUAACCCCUUGACAACCAGACCCCAAUUGUUUUUUGUUUUGGCGGGUGACACGGGGGUUACAUACCAAAGACUGUGGAGCAUCUCCCACAGCAUUGAAGCACGUCCGAAUCGCACCGACCGCUGAUGGACAAAGCCUGUAAAGUCUUCAUAAGCAGAAUGUCUGCAGAUAUCAGACUGCACCGACCAAAAGACCUUACUAACAUAGCUUUGUGCUAUAGUGUCAGCUAAGCUUACACUCUAGCUUUAUGUGUUGAAUGUAAUGCAGUUCUGUUUUAGAAACUUCUGAGAUCAAUGCACAAAUCUGACACAGGAUCCAGAAUAUCCUACAGCCAAGCUUCUAUCUGCUGUCUCGUCUCUCUGCCUGCUGGUUUAAUUAUUACAGAAAAGGAUAUCAGGGCAGAUGAGAACUGUAGGAGUCCCGAAUGAGAGUACAUUUGCUGCUGUCCCUUGUCGCCUGGUAAGGUUUAGUGAUUACAGAUAAAGAUUUCAGAGCAGAGGGAAAACUGUAGGAGUCCUGCAUGAGAGUAAAUUCGCUGCUGUCUCCUAUUAAGGUUUUAGUGCAUAGGAAUAAGGUUACAUGGCAGAAGAGAACUGUAGGAGUCUCGAAUCAAAUGAAUUUUCUGCUGUCCCUUGUCUCCUGGUAAGGUUUUAGUGAUUACAGAUAAAGAAAAGAACUGUAGGAAUGCUGUUAGAGAGUAAAUUUGCUGCGGUUUCCUAGUAAGGUUUUAGUGAUUAGAGAGAACAGUUCGGGGCAGAUGGGAAGUGUAGGAGUCCUGUCAGAGUAAAUUUGCUGCUGUUCCUGGUGCUGAAAUAAUGCAAAUCUGCACUGCAAAUACGUCAUGUUGUGUUUUAGUAAAGCCACAAACUCUCAUCACAGUAUCCUUUUAAAAACAUGUAUUGCCCUCCUCUCCAGAGCAGAUCAGAGCUGUGCCCAUUUCAAGACAACUUUUAUACUGGCCAUUGUAUUUAGUAACUGAAAUGAAUAUCACUGAGAAAAGUCCCCUUCUCUGCCACCAACAUCCUAGCACUUAAUCUACAGAAACUCCAUCGACUGCUGUUGGCUUUUGCAGCCUAUUCUGACAAUACAGGUUUUGCCUUUUUGGUGCAAGAAUGGCCUGUGGGCGAUUGCCCGGCUGCUGAAUGAGCCCAACUCAGUCACUGGUCCCAUAAGUACCACACACCUUCCCUGUAAGUGCCUUUAAACCCUGUUAGUUGCUACUCGCUUCUCUCUGUCGAAUAUGUUGUCUGCUAAAAGCUUUGUCCGUUCUAUGUGCCUUUCCUUUCAAACAGGCUGUAAAAUGGGUUAAUAGUCAUUUGCUUAGUAACUCCUUCAGUGCCAGAGUAGCUUGCACUCACAUUAUGCAGGCCCCUCUGGUUUUCAACAGGGUUAUUUCUUUUAAUUUAUUCUCCAGUAGUAGAAAUGAUGAUGUCUGUGCCAUGGGUAAUGUGUCAUUCUUCAGACUGUUAGAGGAAGCCAUUUUUAUUUAUUGCAUAACUAGCAGUUUGUUAAUACAUGGAGAUGUUUUAUGUACUAUAUAUAUAUAUAUAUAUAUAAUGUAUUAAAUUUAAAUGGUGCACCUUU